ACUCUCAUUCAAAAUCAAAGUCACACCCAAACCCCCAACACUCGUUUUGGUGUAUAAUCUGUGGUGUGGAUCUGUGAGCGAGCAAGAUGGAGGAGCGACGCCUCGACCGCGCACGACGUGACUCUGCGAAGAGCGCGGCCGCCUUCACGCUGCCCUCGUCGCUGGACGAAAGCUUCAACUUACGCCUGGCGGAGCUGUACCGGCAGCAUGAGUGCCUGUGGAACACCGCGCUGGCCGAGCACCAGAACGUGCAGCUGAAGAUUGAAGCCUGGGAGGCCAUCGCCAGUAAGCUGGGCAGCCAUCUGCCUGCCGGCUUCGUGCGCAACCGGAUCAGCGCCUUGCGGCAUCAGCUGAAUGUGUACAAGCUGCAGAUGAUCGAGCACAAGAUGUGUCCCGGCGAGGGCACGGAGCCCGAGAAGCCCUACCACAUGGAGGCGUUCGCCUAUCUGGACACGAUACGCACGCCGCCAGAGACUGCGGAGACGGCGGAGACGGCGGAGACGGGCGGCAAGCAGUCCAAGAGUACGGACGCGCAGCCAGAGGGGGAACCCGACUUCACCCAAAUCAAGUACACCAAUGACUGGAGCAUCACGAAAAUGGUGAAGCAGCGCUUGGCGGGCACUCAGCCGCAAAAACAGCCAAUCAACUGGUCGCGGCUGAGCAACAGUGCGUACAGCUUCAGCGACAGCAUGCAGGUCUUCCUCGAUCCCCAGACAGCCACGCCGCCCCAUCUGCGGGCACGCCCGGGCGAAUCCGCCUCAUUCGAAACUCAAUCCUCCAUGCCUGGAUUCCAACUCGUGCAGGAACGUGAACGUGAACGUGAACGUGAUCGUGAGCGCGAGCGCGAACGUAAGCGAGAGCGAGAGCGGGAGCGGGAGCGCGAGCGAGCCCGCUCCAAAGAGAAACCAUCGACAGCGAUGCCACGUAAAGUGGAUCGGCGCGAGAGAGAGGCGGAGGAUAUGGAGUUGUUCCGCCUGCAGUGGGCCGUUCGCGAGCAGAUGCCCUCGCGUCGGCCCUCUCGCCCGAACGCGCCUCAGAAGCCGGCACCCAUGCCCAUGCCCACGAUAGCCGCGCACCACAACAAAACCAUUACGAAGCCAAAACAAUUAUAAGACCAACAAAAAGACACAACCCAUACACAUACAUAUACACAACAUAGCGCCAACAUAAACAUCGCGAGUAGUGUGCAUCAGCCAAGCAAAACGGCAAUAAAGUUACGUAGGAGUUA